GUGAGGGGGACUGUUGACGGUGUAACACCACAGUUGAUACAAGUCGCCGCUCUCCUCUCCUCACUGUGAAUUUUCAUUUUACCUUAUUUCUCCGUCAUAAAUUUGUGUUUUAGUAGCUUUUAAAUGAGUAACAGAGGGGACAGCGACGAUGACAGCUGUAGCAAACGGAGGGUCGCGUACGUGUACAGCCCGGACUACAUCGAGACUUGUGACAGUUUAUCCAAAGUGCCAAACCGGGUGAGUCAAACUGAAUAAGCUGAUUUUAUCAAUUUAAUGAGUAAAAAUCUGGUUCAUAAUUUUAACAUAGAGUCAGUGGGUUUGUCUCGGUAGCUCUGUUCGGUUUUUGUCAUUGUUCAGCUCGUCUUUAUUCCAUUGUUUCCACUUCCAGGCCAGUAUGGUCCACUCUCUCAUAGAAGCCUAUGGACUCCUUGAACACAUGAGGUGAGAGCUGCUUUACUGAAUAAAUAAGAUAAACAUGAGGUUAUUACACUUUUCCUGAUGAAGAUUUAAGCAGCUAAACAAUCCAGGAUCCUCUUUCCAACACAUUUUGUUUCAUUGAGCACCAAAUGUUUUCAGUGGGUGCUAGUUCAGGACUGCAGGUAGGUUAAUUUAGCAGCAGGACUCUUCUACUACAGAGCCAUGUUGUUGUGAUACCUGUAUCAUCUUUAGAUAUGGUUUCCUCUUUGCAUGGUGCAUAGACAAUGAUUUUGGUAAGGGAUUUUCAGCUCAUGCAGUGAUUCCCACUACAGAGGUGUGCGAAGAUUAGACCCUUCAGUUUUAGUUUCUGGUUUGUCUCUUUCAAAAUGAGAUUUCUACAAAUUCUCUGAAUCUUUUAAGAAUAUUUUGUACUGUAGACAAGGAAACUCCCACAUUUGUAUUUUUGCACUCAGGAACAUUAUUCUAAGACUACUUGCUCGCUGUUACUAACUUGUUAAAAAUCAGACUAAAGGGUUGUGAGUAGGGCUGGGCGAUAUGGGAUAUGGGAUGGGCGAUAACAGUUGUUUGCUACUUGGUGAACCGGAGCAACUCCCCUUUUCAUUGGCUAUUCGUAUAGUCUACCAAAACAUGGCAGAAUGACGACUAUUGAAAAGGAUAUUGACCAUGUUUUGUAUCGAUAUUGACGGGAAACAAUUUUUGAUAUACAUUGUUAUCAUUUUAUCGCCCAGCCCUAGUUGUGAGAUGUUCCUCCAGGUGUUCAUUUCGCAACUUUUCCAGUGUUUUGUUGUCCUUGUCCAGUUUUUUAAAUGCUUUGCUCGCAUCAUACUUGACAUGAUCGUACAUUUUUUGGAUUAAAUUUUAACGUAAAUGAUUUGCAAACCAUCAAAAUCAAUUUUUUUCUUCAAAUUCAACUUUAUUUUUAUGGCACUUUUCAGACAAAAAAAUGUAGCUUAAAGUCCCUCACAGAGGCUAAAAACAACAAUUAAACAACAAUAAAACCCAACCCUCCCACCCACACACACACAAGCGAACACAGAGUGAGAAUUUAAGAUAUAUUGUUAAAGAGACAUGGCCUGACACCGCGACAUUGUGUGAGGAAAGAGCUAUCUUUGGGAAACGCUGGGGAUAAAAGAUAAAAAUUAAAAAAUAAAAUAUGGCCUCAUUUAUUUGCACUAAAGAGAGAAUUUUCUUAAUUUGAAGUCUGUGCGCUUGUUUCUGAUCCAAAAGUGACUCACUUUGCUCUCUUUUUCCUCCUCCAGCAUUAUCAAACCUACCUUGGCCACCAUCGAAGAAAUGGCGAAAUUCCACACAGACUCUUACCUGGAGCAUCUUCAUAAGAUCAGCCAGGACGGGGACAACGACGACCCACAGUCAGCUGACUACGGCCUGGGUAAGAACGGCCAAAAUGAACCUUUUUUUUACACUUUUCUGAGCCUGUAAACCACAAAUAGAUUUCUUUCAAUAUUUUCAAGUGUAGUGUAACUGUGGUUACUUUUUUCAACCAGCAGAGGGAGCUAUAACACAAUCUUAAAAUGAGUUGUAUGUCAAACAAGUACAGGGUGCUGCAGAGGUUUUUAAUUGAAUUUAAUUAAUACAUCAGAAAUGUCUGCCCUCUUCUUUAAGUUUGUUUUCUUUGGUUGGGAUAGAAAUAAACGAGUGAAAUAUGAGAUAUUUGAACCCUGACAUGACCCACACCUCAUCUCAGCAGGGUGGGAUUUCUCAAAAACCCACAUUAGUUUGUUUUUCUUGGGCUGAUCUUUCUCAAAGUCCCUCCUUCUUGGAGGUUCACGUCUCUCACUCUAGACUUAUCCUCAAGUUCACCCUCCUUGUCUCCUGUCCUAUCUGUUUAGCUCCCUUUGUUUCACCCUCUCACCCAUCCGUGCUCUUCCUCGCCCACUCGAUUCAUCCCUCUGGUACUUCCUCCUUUUGUGUGUUCUGCACGCCUCUCUCUGGUCUCAUCCUUCCGGGUUGUUCUAACUGUUCCACCUUUUCCUGCUUCCUUCUGACACCUCUCGGUUUAUUUUAUGACACACUGUUUUCCAUCGGGGAGGGGGUUUAUCAUUUCUGUCUUUCUCUCUUCUUAUUAUUACAAAACCAGUUUCAAAAGUUUCAGGACAGUCCGAUGCUGUGGAAAUGUUAAUGAAAACAGAGUGGGUGAUCUGUUACAUAGUAGGGCCCGACCAUAUGGAUUUUUGGGGCUGAUGCCAAUACCGAUUAUUAGGGGGGAAAAAAAUCCGAUUUCCCAUUUAUUAGCCGAUAUACAGUAUACUAUACUAUACUAUACUAUACUAUACUAUACUAUACUAUACUAUACUAUAUACUGUAGAUAUACUGAAGGCUACUGCUCUUCACGGAAGACCGACUGAUCAAACUCGGACCAGAAAAGCGUUUUCAACAGCCCCAGCCGCUGCGAUCGGUGCCGCCGAUCGAUUCCUCCGCAUCUUAACUCACGUUACUUAUUUCCGGUCCGGUAUCAUCUGGAGACAUGCAGCUGCCUCAGUAAGAGAAGUAGCUCGAUAACUAACGUGUACUGUUGUUUAUUCUACCGUUACUGGCGCUGCUAACAGUGUAGCUAGGCUAAUAGCAGGUGGCUAACUCUAACUUUAGCUUGCAUAUUACAACGUGCUUCACCGUUAACUCGGCGUGACCGAGACCAGCACAGCGGGGAACAUCGUGAAGUGAGUUGAACUGACACUUGUUGACUUAUUGUGUAUUUCACAAACUGAUUUAUUUACCGUUGAGGCGGACCACUCUCCUCCGUGCGUCCCUGAGCUGCCUGCUUCAGAUCCAUUACUCUGCUGAGCUGUGAGGUAGUUAGUGGAUGAAGCUUCUUAUUAUCCGCAUUUUAUUUCUGAAAACAUCGGCGAAAAUCGGCGAGUUUUGGCCGAUUACCAAUUAGUCUCAAACAGGCUAAAAUCGGCAGAUUUGAUCGGCUCGCCGAUAAAAUAGGCUCAAAAUCAGUCCCAAAUCUUCAAUUCUUGUUGCUGUUUUCAAAACUCAAAUCCAUAAAUAAUACAUUUCAUCUACUCUGUUUUUGUCAGUCUAAGUAGAUAUUGUUCCUCUGCCUUCAGGUUAUGACUGCCCGGUGGUUGAGGGGAUAUAUGACUAUGCAGCAGCAGUAGGGGGCGCCACACUAACAGGAGCCCAGUGUCUAAUUGACCAGAAGUGUGACGUUGCCAUCAACUGGGCAGGAGGGUGGCACCACGCGAAGAAGUGAGUUUUCUGUCAUAAUGAUGCUUUGAUAUUUACUAUUAUAGUGUCCUGAUGGGGGCGCCUUGGGUAACGGUCUCGUCUCUCUUUCUGGUCUUGUCUCUCAGGGAUGAGGCGUCCGGUUUCUGUUAUGUGAACGAUGCUGUGUUGGGGAUCCUCAGACUGAGGGAGAAAUACGAGAGAGUCCUUUAUGUAGACGUUGACCUGCAUCAUGGCGACGGUACACAAACACUCGAAAACAUCAAGUCUUCAGAGGGACUGAGUUUGAUUUGACUCCUCUUUCUUUCUCUCUCUCUCUUCAGGUGUUGAAGAUGCCUUCAGCUUCACCUCCAAAGUCAUGACUGUCUCUCUGCACAAGUUCUCUCCCGGAUUCUUCCCUGGUCUGUCCCUGCGAAGGUUCAAACUUCAUGUUUAACGUCAUUAUGAGACAGUUUGAGUUGAGAGAGUUUGUGUUUUUGUUUCCUGUGAAGGUACGGGUGACCUUUGCGACACAGGGCUGGGGAAAGGCCGUUGGUACGCUGUGAACGUCCCGCUUGAGGACGGCAUCAAGGAUGACAGAUACUUCCAGAUUUUUACCAGGUACGACGAACUCGCACACACUCAGAAAUCUCAGCAGAGCUCUGGAGGGAAGUUCCUCUCAAAGAUCCUGGAGUAUUAAGUUGUAUUUUCCUUCUCUUGGCUGCUCCCAUCCCGGAGAUCAGACGUCAGGGUCAUCCACAGAGCAGAGCCUCGGAGCUAAUGCAGUCUCAGCAUUUUAUGAAGGACUCAGCAAAGGGAUUCCUUCCAACAUGAGGGCCCUGAUUUGGGAUUUUCCACUUAAAUGAACCUCAAAAAUGCAAACCUGUAGCAGCUCAGAGAGGAAAAACCGCAGUGUUAAAGCCGGAGCUCUGUCCUCUGUCCUCUGAUUGGUCAAAAACCGAUUUCACCUUCCUCUCUUCAUGACUUGUGUUCUGUUUUUGCAGCGUGAUGCAAGAAGUGCGGGCGCAUUUCAACCCCGAGGCCUUGGUGAUGCAGCUGGGGGCCGACACCAUGGCCGGUGACCCCAUGUGCUCCUUCAACAUGACCCCUGUGGGGGUGGGCAAGUGCCUGCAGUAUGUCUUAGGGUGGCAGCUACCUACACUGCUGCUGGGUGGAGGUACGCUACGAGUGUGUCUGCUGUUUGUGAGUGUUUGUGUGUGAAUAAGUCCGUAUAUGUGUGUGUAAAAACUGUCUUUAGGAAAGUUCGAUUAUGCUCCAAAAACUUGUUUGUAUUUGUGUAUUUUUUUUAAUGGUGUUUAUUCUCUUACACAAUCACACACACACAGACCUACACACAUACCAUGCUCUGUUCCAGACCUCCUCAGCCCUCGGCCAGAUGAUAGCUUCUACUUAUACCGCACAAUGAAGCCAUUUUACUCAACUACAAUCCCACCUCUCUUUCUUUCUCUCGCUCCCUCUCUGUCCCACAUACUUUCACUCCGUUAGAUCCCCCUUUUUAUUUCUCCGUUCUCGUCAUUCUCUCUUUUUUCCCUCAAAUCCAACCUCUUCAUACCUCUUUUCCUGUAAAACUGAACAGAAAUCCUGUUUUUUUUUGUCCUCCUGAGUGAACAGAUUUACAUAUUAAAUGUUGAAACUGGAAGAAAGUUAAAGUUUAUUUAAAUUUAAUAACAGCAACAUAUUUCAAAAAUGUGUGAAAAUGGACGAAAAGACACUUGAAAUCGGACUGAAACUGGCCAAGUGUCCAAGCGUAUGGCCCUAAACCAGACCCACAGGAGGCGCCGCAUUGAAAACAGACGUGACUCUAUAGUGGGAAUUACCGCAUGGGCUUAAAAUACCUUCCAAAAAGCAUUGUUUUAGAAGUCUUGUACCCAGCAACCUCUGCUUUAAAGGGGACAAGGACCACCCAGCUUAUUAUGAGGAUUAAAAAAAACAGCAUCUGUGGUGGUACAAGGUUUGUAAAUACAAAGACACCCCCUCGAGAGAUGAAUGUUGCCAACCGCUUGUUUCUCUAGUUAUACCAACUUUAGUAACGACCGCAGGAUAGCAAUACACAGCGGUCUGAGGAGCCAUAAACAAACCUCAACCAAAACGCCACUCUAUAGCCACAAAUAAUGCUCAGAACAGCACCUAACUUCAUCAACAGGACAUCACAACUCACCUACUCUCUUCCAGCAGCCGCUUGUUUGGAGCGAGACCUCAGUCCAGUCCAUUACGGACUUCAGUGGAGUUUCGCAGCUCAAGGAAGAACAUUAAUGAUAAUUUCUUUAUCAUUUUCUUGAAGUAAUAAUCAUCAUAUUAAUCAUUUUGCACUGCAGACGCAAUAGUUCUUCUGCUUUAGCAUCUUGGUCUGAUUGCAUUUCCAUAAAGAAAUGAUCAUUAAUGUUCUUCCUUGAGCUGUGUCACCCCGCUGCAGUCCGUAGUGGACUGGCAUGAGGUCUCACUACAAACAAUUGGCUGCUGGAAGAGAGUAGGUGAGUUGUGUUUAGUCCAUUUGCUAAAGAAAUUAGGCAAAGUUAAGAAGUUUGGUGGCUAGUACUAUGGCUGUGACCCUAUAUGUCCUGUUGAUGAAGUUAGGUGCUGUUCUGAGCAUUAUUUGUGGUUGUAGAGUGGCGUUUUGGUCGAGGUUUGUUUAUGGCUCCUCAGACCGGUGUGUAUUGCUAUCGUGCGGUCGUUACUAAAGGUGGUAUAACUAGAGGAUCAAGCGGUCGGCAACAUUCAUCUUUCAAAGGGCUGUCUAACUCAGUGUUACGGUGUGUUUGCGCCGGAAUAUCCCUUUAAGGCUGAACCAUGUCAGCAGGUUCAGGACAUCCAGACCAAACCGUUCUGCUCUGGAGUAGAAGUGUCCUACUUUGCUUGAUGGACUGUACCAACUUCUUCCAAACUUGUUGCUGGGAUCAGAUUAAAAACAAAAACUCUAAAGACCCUCUUGAGUUUUUCCCGUCUCUCAUAUCUGUCGUCCUCUUUGUCAUCAGGAGGUUAUAACCUGGCGAACACGGCUCGUUGUUGGACCUACCUGACGGCGGCCGUGCUGGGAAAGACUCUCUCCUCGGAGAUACCAGACCAUGAGGUACGACGGCGCCCGCGCCCUUUUUUUCUCUUAAAGCCACACUCACGUAUUCCCACAUGAACACAAACGCACUCAUUCAUCAAACCGUCACACAAAAAGCACACAAAUACACCCCCUUGUGCUCGCUGUCUGCUGAGUCACUCCAUCUAAUCAAAGAUGGCCGUCGGCUUCUCAAUAAAGGGGUUUGUCUUCAGGUGAGUCAGUCUGUGUGUGUGUGUCUCUCCGUCUUAGUCGGUAUGAAGGUGAACGUGAACAGACAGAAAAUCAGACACGGACCUCAGGUGAGUGUAAAUCAUGUAAGUGGAACUCAAUCUGGUUUAAUCAGGUCACAGCGUGCAUGUCAGCUGAUGAACCCUUUAAAGGGACAGUCCGACAGUUUUUCAGUUCACCUUUUAAGCGCAGGAAACCGUCUCUGUAAUCGAUGUUUGUCGAGAGGACGACGUGUUUUCUCAUUUUCUCAUUAAGGAAAUCAAAUAGAGACGUCUUCUCUCAUAAUAGGAAUCAGUGCACCCAUCUGUCUUUACGCACAAAGAGUCCCUUUCUCCACCAACUGAUUUUUGAUAUGUGUGUGUGUGUGUGUGUGUUGUGAGCGCGAUGAAGGUACCUCUUGUUCCUCCUUGUCAGCAUCCAAUGGCCCUAAAUAGCCUUUGACCUCAUUAAGAAGCACUCAGUGAAAACAAAGCAACUAUCAGUGCGGGGCAGCUGCCGCAGAUGAUGAAGAGGAGGGCAGAGCGCACACACACACACACUCACACACUCACUCACACACACACACACAGCUUCUCCCUAAAAUCAGAGGUAUAAGACACAAACACUCUAAUGGCUUUUCAGAGCUUGGAAUUUAAAGUGCUUAUUGGCGUCUUUUUCCAAUUUUGUGGGUAAUAUCGAUCUACUUUGGAGGUCACUCUCGACUAAAGUUGUAGCGCUACACAACUUUACGCUGUUGUGUGUGUGUGUGCGCGAGUGUGUGUGUGUGUUCUUGGCCCUGUCUGUGCCCGUUGUGCUCGAUAAGAGGGGCAUUUAUCCAUGAUGACCAAGCAAAGCCGGAGUUCCAGCGACACAGGAACAAAAACUACCUUUGUGCCCUCUUCUUUCUGUGUGUGUGUGUGUGUGUGUGUAACCAGCAUGCCUUACUGUAGACAAAAAGCACAUGAAUGCACACAUUCAUUACAGUUAGAUAAUGCACAGGCCUGUUUUAUAACUCUUUUUUUGUUUCAUUGUGUGAUUAAUUACACUGGAGGAAACUAUCCGUUAUGGAGCCGCUCUCAAAGCCACGUUUUGAUUUAUUAAAACAGCUCGAGUGGAAGUUAAAUACUGAUAAAUAAUUCUGUUUUUUUUAACUGUGCUACAUCCUUUUUGCUCUAAAUGACAAAUUGGUACCAGGAGUUUUAUAAUAAUGAGCAUAGACUGCAGCAGCAGCAGCAGCUCAAAGCUCAGUCCACUUCAGAGGCUUAUUUUUGCCUCUUACUGUCUGAUUGCUUUUCAAGUGUCACUGUACAGAAGAUCUCCAUAGAGACAGACCCUCUUGUAAAGGUAAAAACAUAUUAACUAACAUAAACAGCCUUUGCAUGGUUUUAUUGAAGCCAACAGACCCUGUUAAAGCUCAAUCAGGUGAUAUAACUCGACUACUGUCUUUGUUUACAAGCAUCAAGCAACAGAAGCAUGUCCUCCUCCGCUACAGUAGGUGGCGGCAUGCCGGUUGACCUGUUACGUAUCCAAACAUUCAGCAAAACGCUUUGACAAGAGGGUAACAGGAUUUCUUCCAACAAUGAAAACAUUGUAAUUUUUACAGUUUUUUACCGUUUUUUUUUCUAUAACAGGGAAGUUUUGACUUUUUUUUACAUCUUUUCUUUGUCUAAAUUUUUGUUUACUACCUAGCGCCGGUUGACCUGCUACGUAUCUAAACAUUCAACAAAACACUUUAAGAAUAGGGUAACAGUUCGUCAAAUGAUGAAAACAUUGUCACUUUUACAGUUUUUUACCGUUUUUUCUACAACAGGGAAGUUUUGACUUUUUCUUUUUUUUUUUAAAUUUUUUCUUUGUCUGGUGAGAUUUUUCUUUAUUACCUGGCACCGAUUAACUUGUUAUGUAAACAUUCAGCAAAACACUUUGACAAGAGGGUAACAGGAUUUUUUCCAACGAUGAAAACAUUGUAAUUUUUACAGUUUUCUACCGUUUUUUCUACAAUAGAUAAGUUUUGAUUUUUUUUUUUACAUCUUUUCUUUGUCUAAAAGAUUUUUUUUUUACUACCUGGUGUCGGUUGACCUGUCAUGUAUCUAAACAUUUGGCAAAAUGCUUUGACAAGAUGGUAACAGGAUUUUUUCCAAUGAUGAAAACAUCGUCACUUUUACAGUAAAUUACCGUUUUUUUUUUCUACAACAGUAAAGUUUUAACUUUUUUUAAACAUCUUUUCUUUGUCUGAUGAGAUUUUGGUUCAAUACCUGGUACCAGUUGACCUGUUAUGUAUGUCAACAUUUAGCAUGAGGCUUUGAAAAGAGGGGGUUAAUGGGUUUCUUCCAAUGAUGAAACAUCAUAACUUUUACAGUGUUUUACAGUUUUUCUACCAUUGGGAAGUUGUCACCUUUUUUUAAUCAUCUUUUCUUUGUCUGAUAAGAUUUUUGUUUACAACCUGGUGCCAGCUGACCUGUUACAGUUCUUAACAUUUGGCAAAACGCUUUGACAAGAUGGUAACAAGAUUUCUUUCAACAAUGAAAACAUUGUCAAUUUUACAGUUUUUUACUGUUUUUUUUCUACAAUAAGGAAGUUUUGACGUUUUUUACUCCUUUACUUGGUCUGAUGAGAUUUUUGUUUACUACCUGGCGCUGGUUGACCUGUUCUGUAUCUCAACAUUUAGUGUAAGGCUUUGACAAGAGGGUAACAGGGUUUCUUUCAACGAUUGUCACUUUUACAGUUUUUUUACCGUUUUCUUUUUUCUAGCAAUAGGGAAGUUUUUAGUUUUAUUUACAUCUUUUCUUCGUGUGAUGAGAUUUGUGUUUACAACCUGGCUACCUAGCUUUGCAUUCGUGCUUUUCGAUCCCGAGCCAAAUUACCCAGGUCCCGUAAGAAGUUCGAUUUAUUCCAGUUUCAGUUGGAUUAAGGCAAUACAACUUUGAAAUAUAUGAAGUAAAGCAGACCCUGAGCUUUGUUAGGAAAAGGCCCUAAUUUAGAAGAUACCAGAAAUACCAGAAAACUGACAAUCAUCUAUCAAACUGACAUUAAUAAAUAAAGAAUAAGGGCACAUUUUGUUUAUAAAAUUUAAAAACAGGGACUUGAAAGUUUGUUUAAUCUGCUGGAAUUUCACUAAAAUCCACCCAAACAAACUUUAUUUUGGUAUUUUAAAGUUUCUGUUUGUUUGAGUAAAAAUAGUUUCACUUUUUUUUUUCCUCGUCUGUCCCGGAGAAAGUUCAGUUUUUCAGUCUCAGACUAAACGAUUUAAAAGUAGUGACUCAAAACAACACAAGCAUCAAUCAGACUCAACCGGUCACAUCACACAAUAGCGCUGUAAUAUUCACUGAUUACCGGACAAAAUAUUACACCGCAGAUAACCCACACAAUGGUUCUGCUGCAGCCGCACUUGUCUGACUCCAAUAUCUUGUAAAAACACCAGUAAAAGGGGCUUUUGUGGUUGGAGCCGACAGAUCCAGAGUCAUUAACCUUCCCUGUUGACUUGUAUUGUCUGGUAGCAGUUAGCUGAUCCUUUCUGACCCCUCAUUGUGUGACGGCGGCGAAGACAAUCUGCUUGUGAAUCAGAGGGCAGCAACAUGGGACUGUCUAAGAAUAGCCGCAGAGGUCAAAGGUUAGUUAGUGUUACUGAUUGGCCUGCUGUUGGGACUGUUUGCCUAACCUACUUGGAUUUUUGAGGAACUAUUUUCUGUGUUACGCCGAGUCCUCUGAGAGCAUUUAUUUGCAGUGUUUGUUGUUUGCAUGAGCCGUUUUUGAUGUUAAAGCUCAGCGUAAGAGGAGCCGAUAGGAAGUUAUCUUUUACCAAAAACGUCUAUGGGAACAGUGGAGGGGUAUCAUGCCACAACAGAAGCCACAUUAUUAUUGGUUCUCGAGUUUAUUUGGAGUCUCCUCCUCUGGAAGAAAAAAUAGCAUGAAAAACAGUUCUUUGGCUGACCCGUGUGGUGAAGGUAUUUAACUUUUCCUGCUGCGGUAAACCUCACUGAUCUUGUGAGACUGAGUGUCUUCAACAAAUUACAGUAAGUACAUAAAUAUUUGUGCCUGGGGCUGUGCUUACAUCCCUGCAGCACAUGACCAGGAUGGAGCAUCAGGGUAUCUAAGGCCAACAUACUGUUUCGACUUGUUUUUGUAGCCGAAAAAGGAAGGAAUCUAUAUCUGCUCGGGGUUGUCGCAAAUUAAGUGACAAUUAUAACGAGGAAGCAAUAUGCAAGAGUCGUGCCAGCGAACAAGAAGGUCUCCUAGACUGGCAAAAUUGGCACACCAACAUUCCUGCAUGACUAUCUUUCUUUUUAAGUAAGAACAAGCAUGGAGAAACCUGGACAUCACGAGUCGAUUCAGUUCUCUGGUUGUAGCAAUUCCCCAUUCAGCAGUUCUAGCUUCACUCUUUCAAUAUCUGUCGAAUUGCUUUUAUGGACCUGCUCCACAUGCUAAACAAUGUGUCAAGUGCUAUUGUCAUGAACGGAAAACGACGUAAGCCUGGUUGAUGCUUCUCCGUUGACUAAAAGCCGCAGCUACGACCAGACCAAACGUCCGAACAACUCUACUAACAUUUGCCUUAACAUCGGUGGUGCAUUUUUAAUGCUAGCUUUAUCGCCAGUUGUUGGUUGCACAAUUCUGCUCGUUGGUUUACCGGAAAGCAUGGCAGCUGAAUCUUGGUAUGAUGUUGGGCAACAGUGGAGGAUGGUGAUACCAGAAAUGUUGUAAACGAGAGAAAACAUGAUGCUACCCUGUGGACCAAUCAGAGGACUCCUAUUGUUUCAGGGUGUCACGACAUACAAGGGCUUCAUGUGAUCUAACCAAGCUGUCCAAAGCCUUGUUUUUGCUUUUAAGAAUUGGUUACCAUGGUGAUGGGAUUUUAACCAAUCAGAAUCAGAAGUAUCUUACAUAGCUGGAUGAUUAAAUUUGAUGAUCAUACCGUUUACAAGCUGUAACCAAGACACGCCGUCAACAGAUGUUCAAAAUCUGAACAGUCGCAUUUCCUUAAAUGGUCGUUAUGACAAGUAUGAGUGAACUGUGGUUUUGAUGUCCUUAUGUGACCAAUCAGAGAUCAGUAUGUGUUUCUGAAGGGAUCUCACCUGUAGUUAUGAAACUUCAGAGAAGUGUUUGGUAAACACUCUGUCCUCUGGGCUUUAAUCAUAACUCACCCCUCGACACUAACACCCCCCCUCCUCUCUGCUCUCGUUCUGUUUUCGGACGUUUCCCAGCAGUCCAGUUCCUCCCGGCCGCGCUGCUCGGAUAAAAACAAACCACAGAUCCAAACUUCCUGCGGCUGCCCUGCUGCCUCAGCGGGCCAACGCACGGGCCGUGUACUCUCAGUGCUGCUGGUGUGAAUCCAGCUCGUAUCCUUUGUCACAUACAGUACCCUCCCCUCUUUCAGCCGCUCUGCUCUUUCCUGUCUCUGCUGAACGCUCAUGAAGCACAUAUUGUACAUGCUAUAAAUAUUCUACAAGCGGAAACUGGCACACAUGUGCUUGUUUUGGUUACUUUUAUUCCCAAAACAACCAUUUGUUCACAUUUCUGUUGCUACGUGCUUCGUCACAUGCCGCUAUCAUCUGUUUGGUUGUCGGUUUGUGAAGUAGAGGAACUGCAACCGUUGCUAACACCCCAAAAACAUGGAUGUAAUCGAGAAGUUCCAGAUCCAUUUGGUAAUUGGUGACCAUUAUUGGGAAUGCUGACUCACUUUGACUCUUGGUUGACCCACCAAAAGGCCAACGGGUUCUGUUGAGGUGGGCCUUUAGCCAACCGUGUAUCUGUCAAAGGGACGCCUCUCAAGUCAGACUGGAGUAUCUUCAAAACCAGUGUGUUGUAACAGAACAAACUCCCUGCACAGUGUCGUAUUACGUGUCUAGUUAUUCAGGGACUCGGGUUGGCCUUCGUUACAGCUCAAAUAUUAAUAAUAAUAAUGAUAAUGAUAAUGGUUGACAUUGGAAUUGAGGACAAACGCAGCCAGCAACAGAAGAAAACACAAAUGUGUGUCUGUCUCAGAGCCGCACAGGAAGGGAGGACGUCUCUGGUCCCAGAUUGGCAGCGGGGAAGCGUCCCGCCUCUUUACUUCCUACUUCCUAUUUUCCUGUCUGCAGCCCCUUCCUGUCCUGCCCCUCGCUGCCGUCACGGACGUGCCGGCUCCCAGAGUCACGGGCUCAAUCACCGGAAACUUCACAUCAGUCGAGUGUGCGAGAUUCUGUGUUUGUCGAGGCGACGAGGAAAUACGUCUGUUUACAAAAUAACAUGAGACUUUGGAUUUAUCCGUUUCCAUUCAUCUCUUAUCGAUAUACGCUGAUCAAAAUGCGGCUGUUUAGAUUAUUUGAGCGGAGCAUGGCAGAGAAAGCGGUCGGUGGGUGUUGGGACGUUGCAACAAUGAGCCGAAAGAGUUGGUUUCCUGCCAUGUUUCCUUCUGGGAGUCAUGACUGUGUUUUCAGCGUCUGUUUUUCUUUCAAGUUCAUGGACAUGCCUGAUCCCACAUGAUGGAUGAACCUUCAUUCAUCACUUCUUAUCUCACUUUUAAUUUUCCUUUUUGGCAGAAUGUUUUCAUAAACCCGUCAGGCCUCUUAUUUUGAAAACUUUCUUUGUCCUGCCAGUUUAGAUCAUCUGUUAUUUGGUCUUUUUCAUAAUAAUUGACUCACACAAAAUAAAAAAAAUAAACAAAAGUUGAAACAACAUUACAUUGCUCGUCAAUGACUAAAUCAGUGACUUUGAUUUUGUAUUACUGGGACUUAAUUCUCCAGAUAUAACAACUUUAAUCACUUGAUCUCCAACUGGCAAUAUAAUGACUUUAAUCUUGGAACAUCACUUUAAUCUCAUUAAAUACUAGUUUAGAUAUGUAGCAUGUUAAUUUUUUUAUCUUGUAACAAAGUUUAUUUUCAAGCAGCGACUUUAAUCUCUAAAUAAAACAACUAUAAUCAAGUAAUGUAAUAACCUAAAUAUCUUGAGGCAGGAAGUUUUUUUCACAUCUUUUCUCAUAAUUUUUUGUCAUCAUAUCAUUACUUUAAUCGAGAAAAAUAACAACUUUCGUCUUGUAACACAACUUAACUUUUGUUGGCAUAACAUAGACAGUUAAAUGUCUUAUCCUAACAACUAUAAUCAAGUAACGUAACAACUUAAUAUCUUGCAGUCGUGAGGACUUUUUUCUCAUAGCUUUUCUCAUAAUUUUUUCUCAUUAAAACAAUAAUCUGAUUAAAUAACUUUUGUCUUGUAACACAACGACUUUAGUUUUGUUGGCGUAUCAUAGACAGUUUAAUCUAGUACUAUAACAACUUUAUGUCUUGAGGCAUGAGGACUUUUUUCUCAUAUCCUUAUAUUUUUUCUCAUCAUAGCAUUACUUUCAUUGUAUUAAAUAACAACUUUCGUCUUGUAACCCAACAAUUUAAGUUUUGUUGGCGUAACACAGACAGUUUAAUCUCGUACCAUAACGACUUUAUAUCUUGAAGCUUGAAGACUUUUUCUCAUAUCUUUUCUCAUAUUUUUUUCUCAUCAACACACAACUUUAAUCAGAUUGAAAAACAACUAUCGUCUUGUAACACAACUUUAGUUUAGUUUGUGUAACAUAGACAGUUUAAUCUUGUACCAUAACAACUUAAUGUCUUUAGGCGUGAGGACUUUUUCUCAUAUCUUUUCUCAUAUUUUUUCUCUUUAACACAUAACUUAAAUCAGAUUAAAUACCAUAGUUUGUCUUCUAACACAACAACCUCAGUUUUGUUGGCGUAUCAGACAGUUUAAUCUCUUACCAUACCGACUUUAUAUUUUAAAGCAUGAAGACUUUUUCUCAUAUCUUUUCUCUUUUUUUUUUCAUCAGCACAUAACUUUAAUUGGAUUAAAUAACAACUUUUGUCUUGUAACACAACUUUAGUUUAGUUGUGGUAACAUAGACAGUUUAAUCUAAUACCAUAAAAACUUAAUAUCUUGAAGCAUGAAGACUUUUUCUCAUAUCUUUUCUCAUUCUUUUUCUCAUCAUAGCAUAACUUUAAUCUGAUUAAAUAACUUUAGUCUUGUAACAACAACUUUAGUUUCGUUGACAUAGACAGUUAAAUCUCGUACCAUAAAGACUUUAAUCAACAACUAUAAUCAAGUAACGUAACGACUUAAUAUCUUAAAGCAUGAAGACUUCAUUCUCAAAUCUUUUCUCAUAUUUUUUCUCAUCAUAGCAUAACUUUGAUCAGAUUACACAGCAAAUUUAGUCUUGUUGGCGUAAUCUAGACAGUUUAAUCUCGUACCACAACAAUUUUAAUGUCACAACAUAACGACUUGGAUCUCAUUCCAUAACUAUUCAAAUCUCAUAACACUUUAACGACUUCAGUCUCGUAAAUUUUUGUCUGGUUACACUUAGAUAUUCUAAAAUAACAACUUUGUUUUCGAAAUCUCCAUUUUUUAUUAACGAGGCCCUAAAACUUUAUCUCUAGUUCUUCGAUGGCAUGAAUUGAAUUUAAACCGUCAUAAACAGUAGGUUGAUUUAGAGGUCGAAGGUUUGGAGAGCGCUCAGAUUCAGAGAGAGAGAGAGAGGGAUGUGUACGUGCGUUAUGUGACUGUGAUUUGGACAGCGGGUCGUUUUUUUUCCUCUCCUUGUUGAAAACAUUUAUUAGAUAGCAGCUUGAUAGCAGACACAGUCCAUUUGUUUCCAGAGACGUUUUCCCCUCCGCUGUGCAGCUCAGCAUCCUUCAUAACUGGAGAUCCUGCUGAUGGCUGUAAAAACAAACAUGCUCACACACACACACACAUACGCACACAUGACUGUCCGCAGAUGGGCUCGUGCAUGCUAACACACUCUCGGCUGUGUAUGUUCUGUUUUUCAGCUCAUGCAUAACACAGCAUGCUCACACAAACAAACACGAAAUGAGUGAUUGGGCUGUAAUCGGAAAAAAAAUACAGGCAUGUAUAGACAAAGACACUCUGGGGCGACGUAUGGAAAAAACAUUAUCACAGUUAUUAAAAUUGAUAUUAAGAUGGUGAUUAUUUAACAGGAUUAGGAACAGGAGAUGAACUUUUAAACCUCUGAAACCUAAAACUCUGAUUCUUAAAAACAAACAAACAUUAAAAGACAAGAAAACAAAUAUUAAUAAAGAGGAGUGUUAGCUCACUGUAAUCGGUCAUGUUUACCUCUCUGUCGUCGUGGUUACGCCGUCCCUGGGCUUUUCAGACAAAGUCACAGAAGCUCAGACCUUCCUCCUCCUCCUCGUCUUCCUGCCAGAGACUGAACCCGAGACUCCCUUGUGCAUCCAUGGAUCUGAGCCGUGUUAUGCAAUCUUAUGUCUGCACAACCUCAAAAAUAUGUGUUAUGACUCAUCGACUUUGUUGAAUCAUUUUGCCUCUAUUUUGAAUUACAUGUCACAGGUUUUUUUUUUUAUAGCUACAACAGAUGCUGAUCGUCUCAGCCAAUUAAACACUUAGAACUCCGCUGGAUCGCCGGCAAUUCCACGUGACUCCAUUAAUAUUGUUUACAGUUUCUCAGGAACUAUACCGUGUAUCUCUAUGGGAUGAAAAGUGUUCAAAAGUUUACCCUUUUGGCGAUCUAUCGAGGGUUUCCAGACAUUUCUACACCUGCCACAAGGUUUACAAUCCAGCCACAAAAAUAGGUGUUUGAUCAGAGACGUUUCUUUCGACCAAUUACAUGGUCUCAUAUUCUUCCCCAUUGUUCGUUUGAUGGUAGUGUCCAAUAAGACGCAAUCAAAGAUCAACAAGAGACAAAAAAGUUCCCUGCUUGUCUGAAAAAUAAGAAAUAAUGUUCCUCAAUGUUUGGAAACAAGCAAAGAAGAGAUCAAGAGCAGUAUGAUGUGGUCCUCUAUCUCAUCCCAGACAGGAACUGCUUCAAGGAGUGUUUGUUCCAAUCCCAAUAUUUCUUCUCCUGAUAGCCAAGACUUGAGAGAAUUAUGUGCAGGUGAGAAAAGGCUUGAUCACUGAAGAUUUAUGUGAUUUUGAGCAAAGUACUGUUGGGAUCAAUCUCAGUUUUUGUUUUUUGGUUGACUUGGAUGGUUUUGAACGUUCUGUCAUAUUCGCUGUCGACAUCGUUUUCUUCCGCUUCAUCCGGGUCCGGGUCGUGGGCAGCAGCUUCAUGAGGGAAGCCCAGACGGCCCUUAUGCCACUUGAGGCAGGACCUCCCCUCCUACCUGGAGAAGGCAAUUUACCUUUUUCCGACUGAGGACCAUGGCUUCGGACUUGACACACUCAGCCACAAACCACCCCAGCAAGAGCUGAAGGUCACUGCUCAACGAAGCUAUAAGUACCACAUCAUCUACAAAAAGCAGCGACCCAAUCCUCUGUCUGCGGAACUGGACACCCUCCGCCCCCCUGCUGCGCCUUGAAAUUCUGUCCAUAAAGGUUAUGAACAGAACCGGUGACAAAGGGUAGCUCUGGCGGAGUCCAACUCUCACUGGAAACGAGUCAUAUUCAUUUCACAUAACUUUUGCACCCAUAAACUGACAGCUGAGGUUGUCCUGAAAAAAACUUGCUUAUAUAUUUGCUAUGCUUGAAAGGAUUGAGUUGCGACAUAGCUUUUUACAAAAAAACAAACGGACCAAAACUAGCAAAAUGUAGCUGGGAGUUCUAAGAGCUAAAGAGGAACCAAAAGGAGGACCGUCACGCAAGCUAGGCUACAGUUUUUAUUCCGCUCUGACCCUCAUCUCUGCGUGUUCUGCGCACCAAGGCCAGAGCUUCCCACACAAACGUGAUGUUACAAACAGUGACUGAUGGGCAGAGGGUCCAUGUUCAGGACCGUGUAAAUAAUCCAAGACCUUCCACUAUUCAUCUCCCUGUGAGUCUCUGCUGAAGACAUCGGAGCCAGUCAGCGGGUAUGUUCUGUCUCCUGACCUUGCCCAGGUGACGUAAACGCGCUGCGUCACUGACUCAUGAGCUAAAGCCUCUCUGUCUUUUAUAAUUCAUCAUUUCACUGUCUCUAACACUCGACUCUAAGCAUCUUCUGUCAUCUUUGAAGGUCUUUGUAGUCGGAGAAGUAUGAGUAAUAUCGUAGCCACGCUUUUGGAGAAUGUUUCCUUUAGGAGUGUCUGAGCCUCUCUCGUCCUCCCUUCCUCUCGCUUUUCUCCCCGUGGUCAUCCAAGCCAAACAAGCACGCAGCAAGAGUGUGUGUGCGCGUACGAUCGGAGCGCGUGUUUGUGUGUCGCUGGACAGCAGGAGGCAGAGCACUGGGUUCAUGGGAAUACAUUGCGGGUGUGUGUAGAGUAACUUCCCUCAUGUUGAGCUCUGUGGAGACCGGAGGUAAGACACAGAAAGCUCAUCUGGACUAAUUGAAAACAGACACACGCUCACGUAGUUUCACUUUAGCGUGCGUGUACUUCUUCUGUCUGACUUAAACACACUCGUACAAGGUUAUUAAAGAAAGACAGAGUUGUCUUUGUCUUUCAAGAGCACUAAAGUAUACUCCUACUGCAUGUUAGCUCAGCUGUGUGUUUGUGUACAUCUGCUCAGGCCUCUCUGUGUGUGUGUGUGUGUAUGUUGUGUAAUAAGCCGUCUGAAGUCCUCUCUAAUGACAUCCAUCCAAUCCACUAAAGACGUUCAAUCACAAACAAAAGAUCCCCGUCUCUGAAAUGACCCGGCCAUUACAGCGCAGAAACCAUUACGGGAUGUUCGGGCCAAUUAUCUCUGCAGCCUCGAGAGGAAAACUGGCAUUUUAGGCAAAGCAUCUGGACCUUUUCAGUCUCUGAAAGAUCGGAUUUAAAAGGUGAAACAUCAGAAAAUGAACCUGCAAUCAUCUUCAUUUCAGCUGAUCCAUGCGAACCCUCCAAAGAGUGUUAAGGUUCCUGUUCAUUCGAAGGAUCCCAGCUUUCAUGAAACUUGGUGGAAAGCCUGAUCAUGCGUCAUUGAUAAAACCUAUUUAAGAUUGGAACUAGACAAGCAAUCAUACGGUCAAAUUGAGUUCUUGUGAACACAUGAAGUGGUCCAGCGUGCAGAUGCGUUCCAGACUAAUGCCCUUAGCGGGGGUCAUGGCUCCUCUGCCCUUCCUGUUUAAUCUUCCUCUCACAAUCACACCGAACAUCCACUUGAUUCAGGUAUUCAGAGAUUAAUCUUUGAAAAUUUCAUUUCUCAGGCCUGGGUCUGUUUGAGCAAAACAAGCAAUCAAAAAUAUCAAAUUGACUUCGAAGGGAGCUUGUUAUGAAAUAGUUUGAAUAUUUACAAACAUUGCUCAUCUGAUUGGCAAGCCAAAACCAUAAUUACUGAUGUUAGUGAUGAAUCAGUUUAGUUAAAUCCUGAAGAACAGGCCUGACUGUGAAGUAAACAGCAUCUUGUUCAAUCGCUUUUUUGUCAGUAUUUUCUCUUGGUCGUUAGCAACUCGGAGUUCACUGAAUCACUUCUACUCAGAUCUUUCUUUAUUAUAUCAUAUCUCAACAUAUUGUCUUAUCAUACCCUAUAGUGGGAUAUGGCAUGGGUAUCAUAUUGUAUCAUAUUGUAUUGCACCUUAUUGCAUCACAUCGAAUUAUAUCGUAUUCCGCUUUGUUGUGUUGCAUCCCAUCGUAUCAAAUUGCUCCUUAUCGCAUCGCGUCAUAUUGCACCUUAUCGCUUUGUAACAAACUUCACCUUAUUGUAUUGCACAGCAAGGUACCAUAUUAUAUUGCACCUUAUUGUAUUGCAUUGUAUCUUAUCUUAUCAUAUUGCAUUGCACCUUGUCACUUCACAUCGUUUUGUAUCAUAUUGCACCUUAUCGCAUUGCGUCAUAUUAAAUCAUAUUGCACUUUAUUGUGUUGCAUUGCAUCGUAUCGUAUCAUAUUGCACCUUAUCGCUUUGUCACAAAUUGCACCAUAUUGUAUUGCACAGCAUGGUACCAUAUCCUAUUGCACCUUAUUGCAUCGGACUAUAUCGUACUGCACUUUAUUGUGUUGCAUUGCAUCGUAUCGUAUCAUAUUGCACCUUAUCGCAUCAUAUUGCACCUUAUCGCAUUGUUUCAUAUUGCACCUUAUCGUAUCGUAUCAUAUUGCACCUUAUCAUGUUGCAUUGCAUCGUAUUGUAAAGUAUCAUAUUGCACCUUAUCGCAUCAUAUCGUAUUGCACCUGAUUGUGCCUUAUUGCAUCCUAUCAUAUCGUAUUGCACCUUAUUGCGUCACAUCAUAUUAUAUCGUGUUGCACUUUCUUGUGUUGCGUCGCAACGUAAUAUAUUUUAUUGCACCUUAUCACAUCGUAUCAUAUCCUAUUGCACCUUAUUGCAACACAUCGCAUCGUGUCAUAUUGCACCCUACUGCAUCGUAUCGUAUCACAAUGCACCUUAUCGUAUUGUAUCGCUUUGUAUCAUAUCGUAUUGCACCUUAUUGCAUAACAUUGUAUUGUAAAGUAUCAAAUUGCAUCGUGUUGUUUCGUGCCCUACCGUAUCAUAGGACUGUUCCAGGGGUCAAAUUUCAACUUUUACAGUCAGCUUUACAUGACGUGAGAAUAGACAAUCAGAAACAAACAUUGGGCAUCUACAUUUUUGGCACGUGGAGCAUGUUGGAAGGAAUACACAUCAUUUGCUUCAGCCCUCAGUCAUGCAGUCUUGCUCUGAGAGCUCUGGUGCGUCCUUGCAGUCCAAGGCUUUCACAACAGUCACUCCAAUGAACUGACGCACUUGUGGUCAAACCUGGCCUCCGCGUUUGUUUUGCUCUCAUGGCACUGAGUCACAGCCCGAAAAAUUCCCUGCAAAUAUGUUUGUUUAACGGACAUGCUCUGGUUUUAACUUCUGGUUGAACCCAUUCUCUGGAUUUCCACCUGUUUUUCUUCUCUAUUCUUUUUUCUCGGCUUGUUGGCUGGUUUUUGUUUCGUGGAAUUAGUCUGACUCUGCAUGAAAUGCCAGGAGUCUUUGGUAUUUGUUGAAAUCAUCUCAACCUUUUUUUUUUCCUGUGUGUUCUUGCUGAUGAGGCCCAGGCUGUCAGGGGAGAGUCUGACUGAUUUGUGGUUCGUCUUUGUUUUGCAUUCUGCAUGAACCAGACUCGACUUUUUCUUACAUUUCUUUGUGCUAAUGCAACCCCUAGACAACACAGUGUGUUCAGAAUAUACAAGAAACAUAUGUCCAUGGAAAUGCUCUGAUGUUUCUCUUUGGUGCAGACUGAAAUAUCUCAUCGAGUAUGGGACAGAUUGUCAUAAAAGCUUGUACAGAUACUCACAGUGCCCAGGCAUCAAAUCCCUUUGACAUUGUUGUAGAGUUGAUUUUUUUUCCCUCUGCCACCAUGAGGUUUGUGUUUGUGGUUUUGAGUGGAAUAUCCCUUCAACCAUUUGAUGGAUUGCUGCGUAAUUUGGCAUGGGCAUCGAUGACUCCGUCGGGAUGAGCUAUUGAAAGCUGUAAUCCCCGCAGCUUUUCCUCUGAUGCCAUCAUAUAAUUAUCCAACACUUUGGUUUGUGACCAACGACUGCAAAACUAGUUUCUCGAUUUGGGUCAGUUGCAGGUAUUUCCAUGAUACAUCAGCGCAGAUGGAUGUAUUAAUUCAGGACUCGAGGAUCCAGCUUUGAUCACGGAAAUUUUUAGGCAUUAGACAUCCUUGUAAAUCCUAUUACGUCGUGAUGGAGGGAGUUCAUAAAUCUGACAAAAAGUCCCAGGCUGGAUUUGUUGCUAACUGGCUAAAAAAUGAAUAAUACUGUCAGAUAAGAAAUCUUUGCAGGAGACGAUGAGAGUCAAAGAGCUUGGACCUGAUCUGCUCAGCAUCGUUGAGCAGUGGCAUUCUUUAGCAAUCAACUUAACAUGGAAACAAAAACAAUGUAUUGCUUCUGUUUUGCACCAAGCGCUAAUAUCAUCAUUUUAUCCGCCGGGUAGUGAAGCUUCAUGACGACUACAAGGGGGCAUCCUGGAUUUAGGUUGAUCGAGACCUCUGUGGCACCUGAGGGUAGCGAGGUUAUAUUCUGUGUCUGUUAGUCUGCUUUCCAGGUCAGCAAUGAUUUCUUCAGAAACGUGGUUUUCUACCUCCAGCUUGGCUGUAAUAAUAUCCAGCUUGUUGGAAAUCAUAGAUAUCUUCUCCUCCAUGAUAGCCGCCACUUUAGCUGUAGUCUCCGCCGCCACCGCAGCCACAAGAUUCGCUGCUACCUCGCCAUCUGUAGCAGUAGCUCCACCGUCGACUUGUUGGCUAGUAGUUCUCUGGACCAACGCUUUUGCGGCCUUGUUUGUCGGCAUUUCUUUGCCAGAGAUGUUAAUCGAUCACUCGAGUUUCGAUUUAUUAAGUAAGGCUACGUAUAUGACUCUUAAAAUAUGAGUUUGUAGAUAAUUCUGCCAGGAGCUAUCUGGCCAAGAUCCUCUCAGUACGACGUUAUCACCAGGAAAAAAAAAAACAAAAUAAUAUUUGGUUGGUUUGUUUUGAAGGAGUUUUCCGUAAAGAUGUGCUUUCGGGACCAAAAACAUUUUUGUUUACUCCUGAAUUCGUUUCUGGGACUUAGAUCUCGUUCACUUCUUGCUAACGACUGCAUUGAUACGUAAGUGGUCAACCAGCAGACAACCCAAUAGUACUCAAUAAUGUUGUUGCCAUAUUGAACAAUGUAAACAUGCGUUUAAAAUCCAGCUACUCCAAAGUUCAUCCUCACCGAGCUGCUAGCUUAGAUUUGCUUUGACAUAACCGAUAGAAAUCUAAAAAAUGUGACGAAAUAAAUCCGAUGAGAGAAAUGGUUUUUUAGUCUUUGAUGUUUUAAACUGUUCUGAAUUUAUCUCAAACUCUUAAAAGCCAGUGUAAAUAUUCAUCAGCAGUCAGCUGCACAAUCCAACUUCUCAUAGUCCAAAUUUUCCAGGAACGCAGCUGCAUUCUUAAAAAAAAAAACAGAGACAAAAAAGGAGAAAGUGCAUUUUGAGGCUUUUAUGUGCAGAUGUGAGGUAUGAAAGUAUGAGUGCGAGUCUGAAAAAGAGACAAAAACGUUAUUUUAAAACCGUUAAAUCAAAAAGGAUUAAAUAUUAACAGCUUUUACAUGCUUGUGUGUCAGUUUUUUACAGAAUAUGGACCUGACUAUUCCCUGGAGAUAAGCCCAAGCUGUAGACCAGACCGCAAUGACAGCAAACACCUGGACCAGGUCAUCAGCACCAUCAAAGGUGUGUGUUUGUGUGUGUGGAUGCACAGGUGCGUCUGUUUGUGUCUGGGAGGGUAAACAGGUGUCUGUGUGAGUGUGCAUGUGUGUGUGUCUCCUUGAACCCUCGCUCACCUAAAGCCUUUUUGUCUCUGCGUGGCUCUUUUCAUGUGCGGUUUCAUGUGUCUGCUCCUUUUCUUCUCCUCCCCGCCAUGCGACUCUUAACAUCCUUUUGUGCGUUACUCGACCGUCGACCCCGUUUUUCUUCUCUCAGAGUCUGGGUCUCGAUACAUGUGGUAUUCCCCCUUUUCUUUACAUCCAUUCAUAUGUUUGUCUGUAUAGAUCUGUGUGUGUGUGUGUGUUUGUGUGUGUGAGUUUGUAGUCAUGUGGUCGAGGAUUAGACCGGGCCUUUUGGGUCUCGGCGUUGACAGCCCACAGCACCCAGGAGAGAUCCUCCGACGGGGUGAAACUCAGGCGAAGAGCCGAGCAGAGGGAGAGUAAUUCUGAGGAGGUGAGGUCAGGAGUUUGUCCGAUCGUCAAGUUCGGUUUCUGAAUGUCAAAAAAAAAAAAGAGUCUGAAUGUGACCCGGUGUGUUGAAGUGUCAACCACAGACCGACCAAAGUGCUAAAACACCAGGACUGAAAGUAUAAACAUCUUCUGACCACAUCACAGUGUUUAAUGUUGAAAAGUUCGAGCUGUUGUUUCUUUUUAUUCAGUCGUUUAGCACAUCAAACUCUUUAAAAGUGGAAUUUAUCUUUGAAAACAUCAAAUAAACUGUCGAGGUUCAGCCUCUUUUAUUUCCAAGUAAAAAACAUCGCCUCCAGAAACUGUUUUCGUACCAUCUGGAGGAUCGGCCUCUUUCUCUGCAACACCUUUCCUCUCUGCGGUUUUUGAAUAGAUUUAUCUGCUCAAAGGCGGCACAAUGAUAGUUAUCCAGACUGUUUGUUAUUCAACCCACUCUUUAUAGGGGUGGGAGAUACUGCCAGAAAUUAGACAUUUGUACAUCCAGCCUAAAAACAAAACUGAUCAACUUGCAAUCAAACGAGGAUAAAAACUGAAAAAAUUGUUUAAAAAUGUAAGAGCAGAGUAGUUGACAGAGGAAGCUUGGGCACCACGCCACCGUUCCCCAAAAAGAGAACAUUUUAAUACUUUUUAAAGUUCAUUCAAAUGUAGAAAAUAUAUUUUACAAGAUCGAGGUAAAUAUUUUACAGCUUAUGAAUAAAAUAUUAAUUAUUAAUUAAUUAUAAUUAUUUUUACACUGUUGCGGCUUUCCUGGUACCUUUAAAAAAGAAAAAAAAAAAAAAAGAAAAAAAAAAGUCACUUGAGGCAGAGGAUAGGUCUAGUAUAUUUGCGUGACACGCAGCUGCUGUUCCAGUUCAUCAAAGUUUUCGUAGCUUUAAUAACAGACAAAACGCUUCCACGGUCAUCAGUGAUUUACACGUGCACAUCAGAUAUAAUAUGUGCACACUUUGCGACGUGUAUCAUUGCAAACAAAGAACAAAAAGCGCAGUCAACAAAAAUUACGGCUAUCGAGGCUCACCUCUCCACCCCGGUGCAGGUAAGACCGCCCCUUAUAUAACUUACCAGCUUUCAAACACAGUCCCCACAUGACCCAAACCCAGCGAAACCAAAAGUAACACAGGACAACCAAUAAGCAAGGCAACAUUAUGACUCCUACAGACACCGAAUAUAAUAACGUUGGUUAUUGUCGUAAAUUUCGGUAUCUGUAUAGUUUCGGUUUAUCGCCUAGCCCUACAUGGUAGAUCCUGUUGUCUGGGGUUGGAGUGUAAUGAGUUCCAGGCCGGAGUCUUAUGGAGAACUAUUGACAAAAAGAGCCCAGAGAUAAUGCCGUUAGAGAGGAGAUCUUUGCAGGAGAAGCUGAAAGUUAAAGAGCUUGGACCAUUAAAACCGUAUAAAACCGCUUAAUCUUGACCACUCUUGAGGUUUUCCUUCUUACCUUUAGACUAAUCGGUGAAUCAGAAUCCCGUCAAGGAUCCUCUUCUGUUUCUAAAAACACCUGAUUUUUGGUUUCCAGCGAUUCUAAACUGAAAAAAAGCGACGUGGAAAGCUCCAGCUGAGUGUGAACCGAGAGCCAAAACGGAGGGGAAAGCAUGUGUUCACAAAUUGUACCCACAUUAGAAUGGACAUGGAAUCAAUUAGCAGCUGAAACUUUAUUAAACAGAACAGCUCAUCUCAUUGUGGCCGAUGACAGAAACCCUGCUGGACACCGCGGAGGAUUAUCCAAACAGCAUUAAGUUCUGCAGCCUGAAAAAAAGCGCGCGGGUCACGUCUAAUCGCAGGAACAGGAGUUUAUUUACUGAAAUACAGCCGUGCUGUUGGCUCGCGCUAAAUCAUGACAACCAGAGGGGCUGAAAGUAGCGCCGCUCUCCAGUCAUACGGCUUUUAUUAGGGGGCGGCGGAGGGGACUGGUGGAUGCACGGAGGGAUGGAUGGAGAGAAUGAGAAAGAGGAGGAAUGAAAUACAGACGAGGGGAAGAGGGUGGUUUGUGUUUGGCUCUCCUGCAGUCGUUCCUUCUUUUGCACAGACACAUUUAAUUCGGUUUAAAGUUUUAUACCCUUGAAAUUGACAGAUUUUUGACUCAUGUCGAGGAUUUAUUCGAUCUCAUGACUCUUUUUUCCUUACAUGAGCGAGCUUUGUAAUUCCAGCUCGGCGUGUGUGUGUGUUGGAUGAAGAUGAUACCCCUAAUUCUGGACACUUUCCCUCAUCUUCACCUUCUCAUUGGGGGAAAUAUUCGCAUGCCUACAUCCAUUUCUUUUCCUUCCUUUAGUUCUUCGUCUUCAAUCCGACCUGUCACAUCUAUUUUGCGUCCUUUUCUUCUCCUUUUUGCGCUCUCCAGCUCCUCCGAAACUACUUUUUACAAAUUACUUCUGUCAAAAACAUCACUUCACCGCAGCAGCAGCAGACACCAAAACCUCGACAAGAAGCUCGCCUCGUUAUAAUCUGAAAUAUUCGAGCGAGUGUGCGUGCCUUUGUGUAUCUGCCUCUGAUUAUAUAAAGACCUACAUGUUGGCUAACUAAACUUUGAUGCACACACAAACGCAAAGCAACACACACACACACACACCUCCAGGCAAACUUAUCCACAUGACAUCACCAGGGUGGAUAAUUGUUUCUCUGGUUUGGCUGUGCUGCUUAUAAACACUGCAGUUUCCCUGAGAAACUCGCCAGUAUGACUUGUGUGUUUUUUGUGUGUUUGUGUGUGUGUGUGUUUGUGCCAACAUCUGCUCCGUCUGCUGGCACAAAGGAGGCCGUAAAGAUCUGAAUCUUAAGGUGGUAAUCUCCAAAAAUCUUUGUUUUCUCAUCUUUUUCCAGCAUGUCUAACGUCCCACAUGUCGAACUAAAACGAGACACAUCCAUCUUACGCUAGAAGAGAGAAUACGUGCCCGCUACAGAAAAUCCCAUAAUGCACCAGCAAGAAUACAAGUUUGCAAAAGAGUUUCAAAAAGUGCGUAAAAGGUUUCAUGAAAAGUCGAUUUCCUCAUGAACCUUGUCAAAAACAGGAAAGUCUUUUCUUUGUGCUUAAAAUAAAAGUUGUUGUCAUGGCAACACAAGCACACUGAUCUGCAAACACGAUUGAGUGUGCACACCAGGUCAGAGUUACCCAGGGUUUCCACCGCAUCCAGAACGGCGGCGAUUUGCGCUGUACUCCAUUUUCUACCGAAUCCGUUUGUGAGGCGAAUUUCAUGGCGGCAGGAAUCGCGAGAACUCACAAGAGAUCCGCGGAUUCACAUGCAAUCAUGCAAUAACGAGUUGUCCUUAGCCACGUAGGCUAACCAUAUAAGCAGUAGAUUGUGUCCUUCCAGAGGAGGAGAUCUACUUCUAGACUUCUAGAAUCAGCGUCUCCUCAUCCAUGGUGUCAUCGGGGUGCAAUGAAGUCUUAAAACCUUUCACUUGUUUGUCCCCGUCCGUUUGCAUGAUGUGAAUUACGAUCCGCCUGAAUUCAUCCGGCAUGCUCCGGCGUCCGGAAAAAAUAGAACUCUUGCGAUCUGCAGCGGAGUCCGGUGAUCCACAGCGGAACGGGAAGAAGUCGGUGGAAACUGACACAUUAACUUGAAUGGUUACGAUCAGCUAUGAUCGGCGGAUACAGCCUUUUCGUAGUCGUUCCAGAUGCGGUGGAAAUUGGCGGUUCGCUGGUAUCAUGUAUUAAGUAAUUGAGUAUUCUACCAAAUAUUCCAUCAAUUACUUGAGUAAUUGGCAGACUCACAUACAGUGAGAUUUCCUACGUCACAAAUCCGAGCUCCAACCCUGGAGCGCCGCAAUAAAGGUCAGACUUCAGAGGAAUGGAGAGGACAAACGCGGAACAAGCUACUUCUGAUAUUAGCUUUCAUCAUGCCCCCGAAGACAUGAGUGUCCGAGAGCUGAACGACUCAGAGGCGAAUUGCUAAUGAUCUACUGGAGCUCUGCAGAAGAAAAACCCCUCUGAUCAUUCAUUUUUUUCUGCGCCGCAAAACCGAAACUGCGCUUACUCCUCUUUCUACCACCGUAACGUAAGCGCGUUGUGUCACCUUGAAAAUAAUCAGUGCGAAACAAUGACGAUUUGAGCUUAUAUUGACAACUCGAGGCAGAGAAAAUUCCUUGAUCAAUUUUUGUAAUUGAGCUACUAGAGGAAUCAUUUUAGCCCGAAUCGAUUCUGCAUAUUGAUCAAUUCUCUAUCAACUCUUGAAAGACAUCACCCUGAACAGGUUUCUGCAUCAACAACACAAACCUCAUUACAAGUUUUACUACCUCCACUGCCUGGUUUCUUAUUGGAUCAGUUCAGGUCAGCUGACACUUCCUCCGAUCAGUCGGCAAACAAAGACGACAGCUUCCAAUCAGCACAACCAGCUAACAACAGAAAUAACGUUUAGCUAAAAUCUAUGCAUAAAUCAUAGAAAACCUUUGCUUUUCACGGACUGUAUCCUGACACUGAAGUUCCUCAGAGUUGGAUUAACGUGUGCCCGGUCUCACAAAGCGAGUGGAUUUUAUCGUUAGUAUCUACAUCAUUCUAUUCUAUCUUGACAGCUGUUUUUACUAGAUCAGAUUUAGUUUCCAAUCACGAUCAUAAACAACCUCAUUACGCCCUCCUAAUGCAGGAUAAGUUGAAGUUUUAUCUAUCCAACUGGACAUUAGCAUAAAAAUCUGUCAGAUGCGGUGUCAGAAAUAAUAAAAGCUUAAUGUUUGACUCUCUGGUGUUAAGGAACACGUUGCUUUGUCUUUUUCCUGCUAAUAAAAUUCAGAAAAAUGCCACACGUUGUAAAAACAUUAACACAACAUAAAAAUAUGAGACUGUGUGGGUUAUUUUUAGAUUACUCAGUCUUUCCGAACGUUUUCCUCCCAAACAAACACCAAGUCGUGUUUAGCGUGUGCGCGUUAAUUAAAAAAGCGAUAUUUUUUAUUAGGUGAUUGUCAGAGACGGCAGCAGCUGUCCGGCUGUGUAUCCACAACUCCCAGUGUUUACGAGACUCCGGUAGCCUGAUUUCCCCAGGGGCUGUGCGACUGUGUGUGUGUGUGUGUGUCUGUAUGUGUGAGUGUGUGUUUAGCUUCAUCACCGUGGAUUGAGAGUGUGACUGUAUCUUAUCUGUGUGUGUCAGCAUGGAGAUAUUUCAGCAUCUUUACAUCCUGCUACUCCUGCUCGUUAAUUCUUUCGGCGCUGCUGACAAGCUGCUUGUCAUGUCACUCCAACACACUGAAUAAAAUGAUGCACACUCACACACAAACACACAAACUCAGGUCGUACAAUAUGUCCAGAGAAAAUAUAUGUACAAGCUUGAAUGUGAGAAAUACCACCAUGUGUAUUUCACCCACCCACAGAUGCCGUGAUGGAUUAACGUGUUCAGGUAGUAAAUAUCAGAGGCCCCGCGGUCACUCGACACUUAACCAGAAUUUACCGCCGACAUCUGGAAAGAGAAGAGAUGCAGAAAGACGGAGGGAGAACAGAUGAGUGAGGAAGAGAAAAAUCCGCAGCUAUUCCCUUAUUGGCAUUUUCAAUUCGUCUAUGAGUCUAUAAAACAUCUGAAACAGCCAUCGAAACUUUACAAGCCCUGAGUGAUGUCUUUCAGGCUUUUUCCAACACCUUCACAUAUUUAAGAAUAUAGAGGGAAGAACCACAAUGAAGUUUUAGAGCCAAAUGGGGAAAAAUAGAAAUAGAAAUUUUGAAAAAGUUUUAGAUUCAAGAGAAAAAAAUUGAAUUUUUUUAGUUAAGUCAUUUUUUUGUUGUUUUUUUACGAUUAGCUCAAAUGUUAUUUUAUAGGAAGGAUCGACUUCUGUGCUGAACUGUUGAGCAUGGAGCCUGUUGUGUAGUUAUAUUAGCUAUUAUGUUAUUUCAGCAUAUUUCGUUUAAUCAGGGCAUGUAAUUGAAAAGAGAUAGAUCUUGAAAAUUUACCACUUUACUUUCAUUAAUUUACAACAAAUUUUUGUAAAAUUGACAAUUUAUUCUCCUGAAUUUGCAACAAAUUUUCAAAAAAUUUACUACUUUUUCCAUAAAUGUACAACUUAUUCUCGUAGGUUUACAAUUUAUUCUCAUAAAUUUACAAAAUUUUCAAAACUUUACUUCUUACUUUUGUUAACAUACAACUUGUUCCAUUAAACUUAUAACUUAUUCUCAUAAGUUUAGAACAAAUUUUUGUAAAAUUUACAAUUUAUUCUUGUGAAUUUUCAACAAAUUUUCAAAAAUGUACCACUUAUUUCUGUAAGUUUACAAUUUGUUCCAUGUAAAUUUACAUUUUUUUGUCGUAAAUUUACAACUAAUUUUAAAAAAUUUACUACUCAUUUCCAUAAAUGUACAACUUCUUCCCUUAAAAUUAAAACGUAUUCUCAGAAAUUUUAAACUAAACCCAUAAAUUUAUAAUGUAUUCCUGUAAAUUUAGAUUUUUUUUGUGCAUUUACAACUUUUUACUUUUCGACUUCAUUCUCAUAAUAUUAUAACUUAUUCCUGAAAUUUGAGCAUUUUUUUAACCCUCUGUCGUAAAUACAGGUCAUUUGUAACUUAAAUGUCCUUUUUUACCUUAAGUAUGUGAUGCUAACACAGUCAUAAGCCGUGCCUUUAAUCGUGAAUAACCCCUGGCCUCAGUGUAACAAAAACAGUGGAAUAAUAUAAAAACUUUGAGCCUGCACCAAAAGUAGUGAAAGUAGACAUUAAAAUAUGAGAAAGCGUUUAAAUUUUGCGCUAGCUCCUAGUGGACACUUGAGGAACUGCAUCUUUUUAAACUUGGCUUUAUUUCGACAGCCACUGUCACUUUCUGUCCCAGUUAUUGGAGAGUAAACCGUAAAAUCUGUUUUUGUUUAUUUCAACUUGAUGACUUUAUUUACUCCAGAGUUCAGUUUUCCACUCAGAAACCCGUCUGUUUGUGUUUGUCCGAUUUGUUUGAGGAAGAAUCCGUCAUGUGUCACCACAGGGAGCUCGGUAAAACGAAUCAGGAGGAAGAACUUUUUGUCUUUUCUCAUCGUAGAUUCCCACAACACUUGAAAACAAUCUGUACCCAGCGUGAUAACCCCCGCUGGGUUUACACUUAAAACCAGAAGUGUGAUCGCAAACAGAGAGCGAGAGCGAGGCGGAGAAUUUUCACCUGGAGGGGAAAAACAUCAUCGAGAGUUUCCACUGUUGUCGAUUUGUAGUAGUUGUUGUUGUUGUGGAAAUGUGACAUGACAGGAGCUACACAACACAAACAGGACAUCCUCCCCUCGCUGUGACAGUGAGUGUGUGUUUAUGUGUGGGUUUGAGUGUGUGUUUAAGUGUGUGUUAGUGUGCUACAUGUUGAUUUUUCCCUCAAUCAGGCAAUUUAACAUAACAAAAGACAGACAAAGCAGCAUUGUUUCCAGUGUUACAUGUAAGUAAACUGCUGACUAGACUUAAUAAAGCAGCUAUUGUGUGUGUGUGUGUGUGUCUGUGUGUGUCCUCAUGCAAAUGAAGUCACAUCGCCUAAUGUUGUCAUUUCCAUAUCCAUUUCCCUUUUUUCGCAUGCUUGUAUUUCCUCGCCCAGAUGUUAUUUUGCAUUUUCUCUGACACAGAUCUUUGUGUGUGUGCGUGUGUGUUUAAAUGUGUGUGUCUGUGUGUGUGUGUUUCUCCUCCACGCCGUUUCUUCCAUCUUUGGUUUCUCCUGGUGUCUAAUGUGUGUGUUUAGCCUCGUUUUGUACCCACUUGAAGCGAUGAAGCUGACCUUUUUCCCUUCCUCCUCCUCCUCCUCCCCUCUGUUCGGUGUGUGUGUACAUGCGCGUGUGUGUUCUUACAUGUGUGUUUUCACCUCUGUACCCUCACCCCCUCCUCUUCCUUCUCCUCCUCUUCCUCACCCCUCUCAUUUCUCUUCUUUUUCUCUUGUUUACAGGGAAUUUAAAGAAUGUGGUUUAGGAGUCCGCAGCCUCAGCCUCCUCCUCACACACACACACACACACACACACACGUAUAGAGAAGCACAGUUUCCAAACCAGGUCGAGGCUCUGCGGCUUUAAUGAAGACAAUAUGGAGCGGACCCCUUCGGCCCCGAGGCACGGAGCGAACGAGGGAGGGAAAAAAAGAGAGCAGGAGAGGCUUUUGGAAAACAUUAGGCCAGUGUUUCCAGGGGAAAACAGUUUAAUAAGAGGAGGGGAGGGGGGCGUGUGGUCGCUGUACAGUUCACUGUUUUUAAUCCUUUUGUUUUUCGGACAUAGCUCGUCUGUUUGUGUGACUGACAGAGUUUAAGUCGAGUUCAACGCGGUCAUGUGACAUUUUUUCUCCAUCCCCGGGCCGCGUUUGUGUACAUCUCAUCAGCUGGGGACGUUUUCCCUCUAAACGUUACAGCAGAUUCUUCAGGUGUCUGGUUUCACGUUCACCACCACGCCGCUGCGGUUCGUCCCCCGUGAGGUCGGGUUAAGCGCUAAAACAGACAAGUUUCCCCCCGUAACGCCGAGUGUCUGAAAAAGCUCCAGAAAGUCCUCCGGAGUUCAUGAAAACGAGGUUUAGAAGUUUACAAACAAACAAACAGAUGUUUUGACCUCUGGGCAGCAUCUGCAAAUUACACAUCUGGACGGAGUUUGGAAUCUUUGACGGAAAGUAUGCGGGGAAAGUUAGAUUUUUUUUGUUUUCCCUCUCAUUGACAGGCAGUCAUAUGAACUAGAAGAGUUAAAAUUAAAGAUGAAGUCCUCAAAUGGUCUGACAACAAGAAAUCAACAUUUGGCAGAACGACAGGUUCUUCACAAGAGCCAGGAUCAACGUUAUUCCGUAUCAACGUUAAACAGAGAAGGUGAAGUCCUCAAAUGGUCUGACAUCCCUCAAAACAAGAAAACAGUGUUUUCCAAAUCAAAAAUCAAACAUGGAAACUUUUUAGUUUUAGAGAAGGAAAGGUUUUAAAACAAAGGAGAAGCUCAAAGUUUCUUGAACAACCGAAUCCACCACAUGGUUUUAGGGGUCUUUAAAGAAGGUAAAGUCCUCAAAUGGUCUGACAUGGCUCAAAACAAGAAAUCAGCAUUUGGUAGAACGAUGGGAUCAACGCUAUUCGCCACUUUUUUCAAACAGUCAAAUCCACCAUAUCGUUUUUGAGGUCCAUGAAGAAGGUGAAGUCCUGAAAUGGUCUGAUAUCGCUCAAGACAAGAAAUCAAAGUUUCCAGAUCGAAAAUCAAACAUGGAAACUUUUUAGUUCAAAAAAAAGAUCCUGAUUCUUCCUAAGAAUCUGGCUCAAAGUUAUUCGCCACUUUUUCGAGCAACCAAAUAAAUCAAACUGUUUUAGAGGUCCAUGAAGAAGGUGAAGUCCCUAAAUGGUUGGGACAUCCCUCAAGACAAGAAAUCAAAGUUUCCAGACAUGAAAAUUUUUUAGUUGUAGAAAGAGACGGGUAAAUCACAAGGGAGGGGCUUGAAGUUUUUCGCCACUUUUCCGAACAAAUCCACCACAUCAUUUUUAGGGGUCUACGAAAGAGGUCAAGUCCUCAAUUGGUCUGAUGCAACUCAAGACAUGAAAUCAAAGUUUCCAGAUCAAAAAUCAAACUUGGAAACUUUUAAAGUUUGUCAAAAAGACCGUGUUUCUUCUUAAGAAUUGGGCUCAAAGUUAUUCAUCAUCUUUUUCGAACAACCAAAUCCAUCGUAUCGUUUGAGAGGUCUAUGAAGAAAUUGAAGUCCUGAAGUGGUCUGACAUCCCUAAAGACAAGAAGUCAAGUUUCCAGACAUGGACAAUUUUUAGUUUUAGAGAAAGACAGGUUAAUCACAAGGGAGGGGGACCUCGAAAUUUUUCACAAAAUUUUUCUUUCGAACAACUCAAUCCACCAUACCGUUUUAGGGGUCUACAAAAAGGUGAAGUCCUCAAUUGGUCUGAUGUAACUCAAGACAAGAAAUUAAUGUUUCCAGAUCAAAAAUCAAAUAUGGAAACUUUUAAAGUUUGACAAAAAGACCGAGGUUCUUCACCUCGAAGUUAUUCACCAUUUUUUUCGAACAACCAAAUCCACUACGCAGUCAGGGGUCGAUGAGAAAAAUGUCCAAACUCAGACGGCAGUAUAAACCGUUUUUGAAAUGAGUCAACCAAACUUCAUCCAGUUUGUUAUUGUCUCUAAAAUGUUAUUCAUUAAUUCUGUCGUAUUUUUUAAACGCUAAAAACCCAGAGGCCAAACGUCUCUAAAAUUAGUCCCCAGUUCAAACCGAUUAUUUUCACAUCUGUCGAAGUUUUGGAAAAUCUUGUUCCAUCCUCCCCCCAGCUGUGGUGUUUGUAAUGUGGCGCAUUAGUCAUAUUAAAGAGCUUCAACCCAACAAAUCAAAGUGAAAUGGGACCAGAAAUCUUCACAUCAUCCCAAUAAAGCUGAGGCACAUGUGGGGGUUUUGGACACAAGUGGAAACAAGUGAGUGCUAAAUGUUCGCAGCAUCACAUAAAUGUUCGACACAUAAAGUCGUCAUGCUUUCGAGUUUGGAAGUUCGUUUCUCGACCGGUGCCAAAGUUUGAGGCAUGAUACUCCCUGAUAAAUUGAUCUGCUGCCACAAAAACAAUCCUUUUAAACCCUGACGAGCUUCUUUAAAGGGACAGUGCGUAGAAAUAGAUUGGAAAUACUCCCCUUGCCCCAUGACAAAGACCAGGCGUCACUUUACCCACCAAGUCUUGUACAAAGUCUCGUCUGAGAUCAUUUUGGUAGCUUUGCAUGAUUUACAGCUAAAAAAAAAAGGUUUUGUCUUUGUCUUUGGUUUUGUCGAUUAAUGUGACGGUUAAAGAUAAGUGAGAUUAUUGACAGAAAAAUAAUAAAGAAGAUAUGUGGCAGUCUGGCCACAGGGAGCGCCAAAAUUAACCCAAACCGAAAGUUUCUCACAGAAGCUUACAACCAGGUGUCACUUUACCCCACGAGUCUCACACGAAUUAGCAGAUUUUCACAGUAAUUUACAGACGAGGAUAUAUACUAUGCUUUGCAUCAUUUACAGUCUUUGAAACCCACACGCUCUUGGAGCUUCCUCCGCUGUUGCCACGCUAUAAAUUUGUGUUUCUCUGUUGAAAAUUCUGAAAUACAGUCAUGAAUCGAACAUCUUCGACAGCUGCUGCUUAAAGAAAGCUCAAGAAAAAGCUUGACCAGAGACCUUAAAGCUCCUGCGGGUAGUUUUCAGCUAGCUAUGAAAUCAACUGAAAUAAAUAUUUAACACUUUAUAUGAUAAAUAAGGCAAAUAAAUCCAUCCGAAUGGGGACAAAUUGUUUCCUUAAAGUAAUUUUUUACGUCUGUUGGGGGUAGGUGUCAAACUCAGAUUAGCAGUGAUUUUUACUAUAAUUGUGACUGUUAAAAAAAGUGAAAUUAUUAACAGGAAAACACAAUAGAGAGGAUAUGUGGCACUCUGGUCACAGGGGGCGCCAAAAUAAACCCAAACUGAAAGUUUCUCACAGGAGCUUUAAAAGUUUGUCCAACUACAAAUAUUUUCAUUUAUAAUGGCAAAAAAUUUGAUUUUUUUUUUGUCACUUUUGUUUUAUUUUUUAAAUUUUUUAUGUGUUUUCAUGAAUUGUAAACAAAGUACACACUAAGCUAACAACAAAAUGUGUAAUUCUCAACACGUGUUUGUCUGAAAUUCCUAAAUCAACUGCCAUCAAAUUCAGAUUUGUACCGGAAUAUUCCAGCAUCGAACAUUUGAAAAGAAAGUAUUGUACACACGUUUUCUCUUUGAUUUCCAUCGUCUGUUUCCACAGAUUGACUUUUGUAAAACUGUUUGUGUGUUCUGAUGUACAUACCAGGGGUGUUUUUUCUGAAAUAAAAGACAGGAGAGUACGUUGUUGUCGUUGUGUGUCUCUGUGGUGAUUUACGCAGUGUGGGUCGGUUAAUAGAGGAGAACGCUUGAAAGGGGAACCACAAAUGUCGGCCAGUUUCCUUUAGAAGUGAUGUUCCUCAAAUUAAUGGCCUGGAAAUUCACACCAAAUGUCGGAGUCACCAGCCAGAGCUGGCAUGUGCUGCACAGAAGUGAGCCCCUUUGUGUGUGUGUGUGUGUGUGUGUGUGUGUGAGGAUUCCCUGUGAUCUUUAUGAACACGACUGCGGUCACCUCGGCGGUUUGAGCCCAACGUACCCGAAGCAAAUGAAACUCAUUACACCGUUUACGAGUUAGAAAAAGUAGAGACGAUUGAAAUUCUAUCUUGUAAACUCGGGGGAGGAGGAGGAGAGCGGGGGGUUUACACGGUACCGGGUGGGGGGCUGUAAACAUGAGAGACGUGAGAGACUUGUGUGUUUGUGUAAUUUUUGUGCUCCACAGAGUCAAAUUAGAAAAACUCAGGGGGCCCCCGAGAGGAUUGAAGGCACCGCUGGAAUCCUUGUGUCGCAUUUUCCCCAAAAGCAAAAAGAUUGUGUUUCAUGACGACCCCGUGAAACAAAAAAACAAAAAAACUGGUCUUUCUCUGCUUGUUUGCGGCUGGAAUUGUCGGCCAAGCAAAACAGAAAACACAACAACACAAAAAUCCCAACGAGCUUGUGAGGCGAUGGAUCCGUCUGACUCAUGUUUUCAGUGGUCCGGUGUCUAAUACGGGCAGAUUCCAGUACCAGAACUUUCCCAUGUCAUCGGUCUCCACUGACACUUACAGCACAUUGAAUGGUGUGGUGUCUCUGGAGUUAACAUUCAUGCUGGGUUACCUCACGGUUCAGUCCCUGGUCUCUGUAUGUGGGUUGCUUUUAUAACAUGAAAGUAGGUCCAGUUAAGGGGACCUGGUUUGGCCUAGUUCUUCAAUUAAGCCUCACAAACAGAGGCUAUUGCUGCGUUUCAGUUACCUCAGACAUCGGAGCUGGGAAUGAAGCUACACCCAAGUUGACAGCGUUACAGUUAACAAGUCGGAAAACUUAGAUGGAAGCCUAAAGUUACCCAUCGUUAGCUGUUGUUUUCAAUUGACAGCUGUCGUUGGCCGUUGUCAGCGGUUGUUAGUUGUUGUUAGCUAUACCAGUUGUAAACAAACCAACUUCAGGGGGAUAUCCCAGAUGAAUUUGCCGACUCUGAGCUUGGAAAUCCCGACUUCGGAGGACAACUGGAACACAGCAUUAAACCCAGCUUUAUGUAGUUCAUCUUUUAAAUCACCAUGGAGAUGGUCCAAAACCCCCCGUUUUGCUUACCGGGAUUCCACCGCAUGCAGAUCCGCUACGCUCC